AGUUACAGUAGUUGUUCCACUCUAGUUGCAGUUUCCUCCUCAGCAACAAAUAGUAUAAUACCAAUGAAAACGAUGAUUGAUGAAUGAUAGCUACUUGUUCAGUGAAAAACAGCACAAAUCAUGCUGCUCUUCCUUGUCCAUCCAAAACAGCGUUUACUUUUUGAGUUAAAAAAUGCAGUAAUGACGAAAUCCAACUUUGUUAAUUCUUCCAUUGAUGCUGCCGUCAAUUCUCCUCCAUCCAUAUCCACAAAAAUAAACUUUGUUUUUUAUAUAUAUAUGAUGUUGCUAUUUCAACUGCUACUAUUGUAUUGCGCUAUUUGCUAGUGUAGUAGAUGAUUGUUUAUACUUGUGGUUUUGUAGUGUGCAGAGCAAAAGGGAAGGGAGAAAUUGAAAAAGGGAAUUAGGUCAUGGAGGUUGAUUCUAGUGGGAAUCCUAAUUGGUUAUUUGAUUAUGAGUUGAUGACGGAUAUUACUUCUGCUGCAUCUGUUACCGUCGCUGAUUUUCAGUCUCCGGCUACUAUUGAUUUCAGCUGGCCUGCUCAAACAAUCUAUGCUUCCUCUAAUCUCAUUGCUGAAACAGAUUACACAUUUGCGGAUUCAGAAGUCAGUAAGGAGGCAAGCUCACGAAAGAGGUUAAAAAGUGAAUGGUGCAGCUCUCCGAGAUCUAAGGCAUGCCGAGAGAAAUUGCGGAGGGACAGACUGAAUGAGAGGUUCCUCGAAUUGAGCUCUGUCCUUGAUCCUGGAAGGCCACCAAAAACUGAGAAAGUUGCAAUUCUGAGUGAUGCUCAAAGGAUGCUGAUUGAGCUGCGAACUGAAACCCAGAAGCUGAAGGAGUCAAAUAAGGAGCUGCAAGAGAAGAUAAAAGAACUUAAGGCAGAGAAGAAUGAGCUCCGUGAUGAAAAGCAAAGGCUAAAGGAAGAAAAGGAGAAUUUGGAGCAGCAGGUUAAAAGCUUAGCCUCUAAACCAGGGUUUCUCUCCCAUCCUUCUGCCAUGGGAGCUUCAUUUACUGCACAAGGACAAGUCGCUGCAGGCAACAAAUUGAUGCCUUUCAUUGGUUAUCCCAGUGUUGCAAUGUGGCAAUUCAUGCAACCUGCUGUUGUUGACACAUCUCAAGAUCAUGUGCUCCGUCCUCCAGUUGCUUAAACUGAAUUUGCCAGGUGACUUGCUACUGGAGCUUUGUUCUUUUUGUUGCUCCUGUGAGUGCUAAAGGUGACAAACAACUGAGACAAUUUGCUGGUUGUAUCUAUAUGUCUAGCUUUUAUGUAUGAAUCAGUCUUGAUGGUUUGCUAAAUCAUGUAUAUGACGGGUAUAUACUCACCCGAAAAACAGUUACGUAUUAUGAUUCCCUAGAUGGGAUUCCUUCUGAAAUAAUUAAACUUGGUUGUAUGCACAUUAUACACUGUUUUAGCUAAGC